CGGCGUGGUUGGGAAACGCAUGCAGUGUGGUUGGUUUUUAAUUGGGCCAUUAGCAACCAGACAGAUUAUGAGUGGAAAGAGUGCACGGACAUUGAGUAAACAAACAUUGUUUCGUAACAUUCAUUUCAGGACGUCGGUCUUGAAUGAACCCUUCGGUGCGUUUAUCUCCAAGGAAAAACAACGAGAGAAAAAUGGGGAAAAGAAAGCGCACUAAGGGUAGUUCUCGUCGUGGUGUUUCGUUGGUUCAUUGGUUCAGGAAUAAAGGACUUCGACUUGAUGAUAACCCGGCCUUAAAAGAAGCUUUAGUCGGUGCAAAAACCUUCCGAUGUGUAUACAUUCUGGACCCUUGGUUUGCCAGAUCUCCAAACCAGGGAGUCAACAAGUGGAGAUUUCUUCUCCAGUGCUUAGUGGACCUCGACUCAAGUUUGCGCAAGCUCAACUCUCGGCUCUUUCUCAUUAGGGGACAGCCUUCAGACGUGUUUCCAAAAUUAUUCAAGGAAUGGGGAGUAAACAGAUUGUCCUUUGAAGAAGACCCAGAGGUGUUUGGAAAACAACGUGACGCCAAAAUUAAGACGCUUGCGGCUACGUUUCAAGUGCAGGUCAUUACGAGAUUGUCGCAUACACUCUACGAUCCUAAAGAAAUAUUGUCCGUAAACAGCAACAGUCCGCCGUUAACCUACAAGCACUUCCAGUACCUCAUCUCUCUACUGGAUCCACCACCAUUCCCGGAAGACACUAUCACACUAGCAGACAUUGAAGGAGUCAACACUGCAAUAAUGUCAGAUCACGAUUCCAAGUAUGGCCUUUCAUCUCUUGAAGAACUCGGAUUUGAUACUGAGGACCUCCAGCCUCCCGUUUGGAUUGGAGGAGAGACUGUUGCUAAGCAACGGCUGGAUCGCCACCUGGAAAGAAAGGCAUGGGUAGCCAAUUUUGAGCGUCCCCGUAUGUCAAGCGCUUCACUGAUGACCAGCCCUACUGGACUAGGACCCUAUCUUAGAUUUGGAUGUCUGUCACCUAGACUCUUCUACUGGAGGCUCACUGAGCUAUAUUGCAAGAUGAAGAAGACAACUGAUAUUCCGCUGUAUCUACACGGCCAGCUGUACUGGCGAGAGUUUUUUUUCACACUUGGCUACAAUAAUGCAAAGCUGGAUCAGAUGAUUGAUAACCCAAUCUGCAUUCCGAUACCGUGGGAAGAAAAUGAUAAGAAGCUUCAGCAAUGGAGAAAUGGUGAGACUGGAUUCCCUUGGAUUGAUGCCAUCAUGAUCCAGCUUCGCCAGGAGGGAUGGAUUCAUCCGAUUGCACGACACGCUGUCGCCUGCUUCCUGACACGCGGUGACCUCUGGAUCAGCUGGGAGGAAGGGGCAAAGGUAUUCGAGGACCUUCUUUUGGACGCUGACUGGAGCGUGAAUGCUGGAAACUGGAUCUGGCUCUCCUGCUCAUCGUUUCACCAACAGUUCUUUCACUGUUACAAGUUCUGCCCAGUGAUGUUCAGUCAGCAAACUGACCCCAAUGGUGACUAUGUUCGGAAGUACAUACCAGCACUGAAGAAUUUCUCAGCCAAGUAUAUCUAUAAUCCGUGGACGGCGCCACUUGACGUCCAAGAGAAGGCAAAAUGUGUCAUUGGUAAAGAUUAUCCUCUGCCGAUGGUAAACCAUGACAAAGUCAGUCGAAUCAACUCUGAUAGGAUGAAUAAGAUUCUGCAGGGUGUUGCCAGGAAACCUAGCUAUGAUGAAUCCUUUACUGCCAGUACUCUGCACACCAAGGUACAAAAUCGCCACAGGAUCCCCAACAUGCAGAAAGAACCACCACGUAAGCUUGCCAGACUUACCCAGGACCAUUUGUCGACACACCCAAACAACUACAUGCCUGCUCAAGACGAUUUAACGGCUGGCACCAGCAGUUACAUGCAAACACAAGAUGAUUUAACGACGGGCAACAACAGCUACAUGCCCACUCAAGAUGAACUAUCGGUGGGCACUAACAGUUACUUGCAAACUCAAGAUGAGUUAACGGCGGGCAACAACAGCUACAUGCAAACUCAAGAUGAACUAACGGCGGGCACCAUGAGUUACAUGCCCACUCGAGAUGAACUAACUGCAGGCAACAACAGUUACAUGGCUACUCAAAAUGAACAAUCGGCAGGCAACAACAGCUACAUGCCCACUCAAGAUGAACUAACGGUGGGCACAAACAGUUACUUGCAAUCUCAGGAUGAUUUAACUGCAGGCUCUAACAGUUACAUGUCUGCUGACGACGAGUUAACGGCGGGCACUAACAGUUACUUGCCUGCCACCUACCAGUCAAGCAUCCAUCCUGUGCAAGAUACCUAUAGCAUUCAAGACGCAUUCACCAUGCCUCAAGACAACCUGCUGGAACAAGACCCUCGACAGAACUCUCCAUGGGAUGACAUGACACGGGGAAUCUUACAUGCACAUGUACAAACAACUCUUCCUGGUAAUAACUGGCAGUAGGAGUGGACUUCAGUCAGCUAUAGUCGCUAGGUCAUGGCAUGGCACACAUUCAGGGCUCAGAUAUUUUGGGAGUAAAUCCAACUGACUGCAGCUCAACUGAGCUCGGAGCUGCAAUUUUUUGCGAGACCAGAAUCAAAAUGAGAAAUUUACACAUGGUGCUACUGCAAGCUUCACCAGGGCCAAAUUUCAUGGCAUACAUUUAUAUGGACCUUUUUCUCUCUUAGAAACAAAUGCGCUAGUCUUUUGGUCAUUUGCAUCACGGGGGUUGUUUAUUUUGUGUUGUUUUCAUGUAUCUGUAUAUUUGGGUAUUGUAAGAGGCAACGUUGACAAUAUGAAAACCUGUAAAUAUUAGUUUCAAUUUUUGAGGCAGGUUUAAAAUAUAACUAAGAUUUCUUUCUUUGGGGAGGAAGCAAUUUUUAAUUAAAGGCACUGAACACAAUCGGUAAUUACUCAAAAUAAUUGUCAACCAUUUACUUGGUAAUGAGCAAUGGAGAGCUGUUGAUAGUAUAAAACAUUGCAUUUAACAUAACUUCUGAGAAAGGGGCAAUUUCUCACUCAAAUAUUAAAAGACUUCAGACCGGAAUCCUCUCAUCAGGUAUCUAAAAGCAUACAAAUUAGUGCUACAAGGAUGUUUUUCCCAACUUAAACAGAUCUGUUAUUGUAUGCAUAUAUGUUGGGAUACACCAAGUGAGAAUUA